AUGCACAGCAAGAAGGGCAGUAGCAGCUGCAGAAGAGGGAUGGCAGGGGGAAGCAGGCGUACCAAGACAGCAGCAUCCUUCUGCCUGGCCUGGGCACUUUACCUGGCAACAGUCACCUUCUCUCAGCUGGCAGAUGGGAGGGAAGCCAGAGUAGACUGGACACAGGAGAAGUACUCCCACCAACCAAGUAUUUUAAAUUUUUCUGGUAUCCAGCAAGUUGCAGCACACACAGAUGUUUCUCAAAUGUGGCAAAAUGAUCUGCAUCCUAUACUGAUAGAGAGAUACCCAGGAUCACCAGGAAAUUAUGCUGUGCGUCAGCAUAUCAAGCGCCGUAUUCAAAGAUUGCAGGCUGGCUGGGUAGUCGAAGAAGAUACAUUUCAGGGAUACACGCCCUAUGGAUACCGAACGUUCUCAAAUAUCAUCAGCACCCUUAAUCCCUCUGCCAAGCGUCAUCUGGUACUUGCUUGCCACCAUGACUCAAAAUACUUCGGUCCACAGUGGGAUGGCAGAGUGUUUGUGGGAGCCACUGACUCAGCUGUGCCCUGCGCUAUGUUACUGGAGCUAGCACGUGCCCUGGACAGCCAGCUUCAGUCAAUGACGACCAGCUCAGCCUCCAGGCCAGAUCUUUCACUUAAACUGAUUUUCUUUGAUGGUGAAGAAGCCUUUGUGCGGUGGUCACCUACCGAUUCCCUCUAUGGAUCUCGACACUUAGCUCAGAAAAUGGAAUCUACUCCCCAUCCACCUGGUGCAACAAAUACAAACCAACUACAGAGCAUUGAUCUGUUUGUGUUACUGGAUUUAAUUGGUGCUUCAAACCCAACCUUUCCCAAUUAUUUUUCAAACACUGCCCGAUGGUUUAACAGACUUCAAGCAAUCGAACGAAAGCUACAUGGCUUGGGUUUGCUGAAGAAUCACCCUUCUGAAAGGCAGUAUUUCCGGGGUAACGCUGCUCCAGGGUUGAUUGAGGAUGACCAUAUUCCAUUUUUAAGAAGAGGGGUUCAAAUUCUUCACUUGAUCCCAUCCCCUUUCCCUAAGGUGUGGCACACUAUGGAGGACAAUGAACAAAACCUCAACAAACCCACCGUUGACAACCUCAACAAAAUCCUACAAGUGUUUGUGCUGGAAUAUCUCAAUCUGUGA